AUACAGGCGCCGCCCCUCCGCCCCAGUCACUGAGCCGCCGCCGAGGACUCAGCAGCCUCCCCCUCGAGCCCCCUCGCUUCCCGACGCUCCGUCCCCCCUGCCCGCCUUCUCCCGCCGCCGCCGCCUUCCGCAGGCCGUUUCCACCGAGGAAAAGGAAUCGUAUCGUAUGUCCGCUAUCCAGAACCUCCACUCUUUCGACCCCUUUGCUGAUGCAAGUAAGGGUGAUGAUCUGCUUCCUGCUGGCACUGAGGAUUAUAUCCAUAUAAGAAUUCAACAGAGAAACGGCAGGAAGACCCUUACUACUGUCCAAGGGAUCGCUGAUGAUUACGAUAAAAAGAAACUAGUGAAGGCGUUCAAGAAGAAAUUUGCCUGCAAUGGUACUGUGAUUGAGCACCCAGAGUAUGGAGAAGUAAUUCAGCUGCAGGGUGACCAGCGCAAGAACAUAUGCCAGUUCCUGGUAGAGAUUGGACUGGCUAAGGACGACCAGCUGAAGGUUCAUGGGUUUUAAGUGCUUUUGGCUCACUGAAGCUUAAGUGAGGAUUUCCUUGCAAUGAGUAGCAUUUCCCUUCUGUCCCUUGUCACAAGUUUAAAAACCUCACAGCUUGUAUAAUGUAACCAUUUGGGGUCUGCUUUUAACUUGGACUAGUGUAACUCCUUCAUGCAAUAAACUGAAAAGAGCCAUGCUGUCUAGUCUUGAAGUCCCUCAUUUAAACCGAGAUCAAGCAGCAGGCGCCUGGCAGUGUCCGGCCUGAAACCAAGCAGUAACGUGAUGUUUCGGUCAAGCCCAGAGCCCCAAGAUCGCAGCCGGCUGUGUCUGGCCAGAAGUUCCUCGGCUCUCCCUCUUCAGAGUUCCCUGCCCUAAGAGAAUGUCACCACCUGAGCAGCCCGCGGUGCAGCGGAGAGGACAGGAUGGGGUAAGGACAGCCACGGCAGCUGCGCUGCCACAGGGAGGCCUUGGUAGUCAAAGAUCCCUGGUGUCUCCGACCUGACUGGGUGGGCGCAGCUUAGAGCAGCCACCUUCCCUCUAGUGAGGUGGGAUAUGACAUCUGACUUGUCACCGAGGUCUCCGUGACCAGACAGAACCUUAGCUAAUUGAUGUCCGAACUCCAGAAUGUGAGGCCAACCUUCCGUCCGAGUUAAACUUCUGACAAGGGAACAAACUUCAAACUGAUGUGUGAGUCACGUAGCCGGCCAUAGUGCUUACAACUUACUAGCAGCAGCUGCCCAAUGCCAUGUGAAGUAACAACUCGUUUUUUGGUUUAUUUUUUCCUUCAGUUUUAAUGUUAUGUAAUGUAUUUAAGCCCUUAUUUAAAUAAAACUUGUUUUCAGAAACA